CUGCUUGCAGGUUAGGUGACAUUGAUCAUUUAUGUUUAGGUUUGAAUGAGGUGAGGUAUUUACUAUACCAUCAGCAGGUUAACUGUUUUUCUAGAGUGGGGUCACUUUAUUGUGGUCAUAAUAAGGAAAAUGACAGUUGUAUAAAGAAUUAUCUGAAUUACUGCCAAAAAGGUAUCUGAAGUGUGUUGUUUCUUUGCUCUGGAAGUUUUAAGUGUCCUAAGUACUACCCUGAAUCUUUAAGUCCCUUGGGCAGUGGCUUUUUGCUUAUUGAUAGCAACUUUGUGUGAGAGUAAGAAUUGUUUUAAGUAGUUUAAUUUGGGGUCAUGCAAACCCUCAAUUUCACACAUCCACUGCCUUGAUUUCUUCACAUGCCUUUGAAGAACUUCACAGAAUUAUCACUUAGCCUGACAGGACCUAGUGUUUCUGUAUUCUCCAAAGUGUUCACAAAUGAGAGUUUUUAUUUGUAUUGCUACAACCAAAAAGAGUGGGGCAAAUAAGAGAGGGCCAAAGAAAUAUGUAAAUAUAAAUAUAAAUCUUAGAGGGCCAGAGAUAAUAGGUAAAACAGUGAGCACUAAAGUUUGGGGGAGUGGGUGAGGAAGGGAAAUAAAUUUAUCAGAAUAGUGUGAGAAACAAAUAAAAUGGCAAUAAAAUAAAAUUGAAUAUGUCCUAAAGAUAGAACCUGCCAACAACCUUAGUUCCCUUUUGUUUCACUCCUCCAAACUGCUGUUGUCAAAAGCCCUUGGUGCCAGCUGCUCUGCAGUUUUCUCUGGUGUUAGCACAUGCAGUCUCUGUGCUUUGCAGUGCCCUUCUGUGUCACAGACUCUGUUUCUGAGAUGGUUGCUUCUUUCAGCCCCAGGGCCUUAGCAGGAGAUUGAUGCUGGAAGGACUGUGGCCAUAGCACAACAAUGUUGCAAGUUCUUUUCUCAUUUCCUGUCCUUAAACUGGCAAUAUUUACUUAUUGGCAAACACACUGCCUCCAAGCUUUUUGUUGGAGAGUGUAAAUACUGCUUUGUGUGGUUUUGAGUUUGGCCCUCACCGUUGUUGGGUGGUUUUGGUUGGUUGUUUUGGUUUUGGGCUGGGAUGUUUGGAGGGAGACAUUUGGGCUUUCUUAACCUGUGUGGUCAGCCUUGGCUUGUUCAGUGUUCAUGAAACAAGUUCUGUAAUGGAAAACACCUCAGGGUACAGCACAUCUAUAAAACCUUAUCACUGAAUCAAACAGGGGGUCCUACUGAAGGACAGAACAUGAUUAGUUCUAUAAAAUAUCUGUAAAUAUACAUCAGCUCAGGGUGUCUUUACUUUGAGAAUGACCUAAAAAUGGCAUCUUUCCACUUACUGGAUUUGCUGUUAUCUAUUCAGUUACUGCCACUUUUUGCUUUUGUUUUGCAGGAGAAGCUGAAUGAAAAAUGGCAGGGGAUGAGAAAGAUCCUGGGGUUUGUGUGUUUUCCCCUAAAAGUAGGCAUGCUCUGAUCUAGAAUUAGUCUCACAAGAGGCAUGCAGGAAACAAUUGCAGAACUUUUUUGCCAGCAGUGGGUAGAACCUUGCUUGAGACUUUGUGGAAAUAGUAGUUUUAAAACCCCUUCAGAUGAAAUUGUCACAUUUGAUACAGCGUUCUGGAAACCAUGAACAUUCCUAUGCCAUUUUUAGUCAUUGUCAGAGAUAAGAUAGAGUAUAAUGCAGAACAUUUCAGAACCUGCUUUUGAAAUAACUGGUUUUGUGCUGUGUUCAUACUACUGAAAUAUUUCAGUGUGUCAGUGAGUGUUGCCAUUUACUGCUGCUUCCCAGCAGGAAGUCCAGUCUGCUGACAUAAUUAAUGAAAAAGGGAAUCCCCAAAAGGAGAACAGUGCAUGAAAGAGGCUGGAGACCUUUACAGUUUUUUGAAGGGAGGUGCAAGCAAGCCAGCGCUCUGUGGCCAUAAUUGCUGAGAUGAUCCAUACAGCCAGUCUAGUUCAUGAUGAUGUCAUUGAUGAUGCAAAUUCUCGCAGAGGAAAAAGGACACUUAAUCAAAUCUGGGGAGAGAGGAAAGCUGUUCUAGCUGGCGACUUCAUCCUCUCAGCUGCUUCUGUAGCUUUAGCACGAAUUGGAAAUACCACUAUCAUCUCUGUUCUGACUCAGGUGAUUGAAGAUCUGGUGCGUGGUGAAUUCCUCCAGCUGGGUUCCAAGGAAAACGAGAAUGAGAGAUUUGCUCACUACCUCGAGAAGACUUUUAAGAAGACGGCGAGUCUGAUAGCCAACAGUUGUAAAGCAGUUUCAAUUCUAGGCUGCCCUGAUCCCAAAGUUCAUGAGAUUGCAUACCAGUAUGGAAAAAACGUUGGCAUAGCUUUUCAGUUGAUAGAUGAUGUGCUGGAUUUUACAUCGUGUGCUGACCACCUGGGGAAACCAACAGCAGCAGAUCUCAAGCUUGGAUUAGCCACAGGCCCUGUCUUAUUUGCCUGUCGACAGUUUCCAGAAAUGAAUGCUAUGAUAAUGAGGAGAUUCAGUAAGCCAGGAGAUGUUGAGCGUGCAUGGAAGUAUGUGUUGCAGAGUGAUGGUGUGCAGCAAACCACCUACCUCGCCCAGCGCUACUGCCACGCAGCCACGCGCGAGAUCCGCAAGCUGCGCCCGUCCCCCGAGAGAGAGGCCCUGGUGCACCUGACAGAAAUGGUUCUCAUGCGGGACAAGUGAGACAGCUCCUUCCACUCCUUCUGGCAGCUACUUUACCAGACUGUGCCUACAUGUAUUUCAAAAGUUACUUGCUUCCAACAACACAAGCCACCAAAAAUUAUUUUUUUAAAAAAACCUCCUUUUUGUUUUUUUUUUUGAAGUUUUACUUUACUUUCUUUUUUUUAAACUAAAGUUUAAAGUGUUUUACUGAAGGAAGCCAUGCAAUUCAGAGCAAAUCAAACUGUGCUGUACAAUUGUUUUAGUGGGGGCUAUUGAUUGUGGGGGAUGGGGAAGAUGUUUACAUGUUGAUGCACAAAGGCCACAAU